GUCAUGGCUUAAUUGUAAAAUGUGACCUCGUAUGACAGUCUGCCAACAGGGUGACAGCCAUGACAGUUCCGCCAUGCAAUGCUGCAUAUUACACUCGCGUCAGUGGUGUCGUUUUCUCCCAGCUUGGCUUCCAUCACUGCAGUGUGUCCGUCAUGGCUCCAAAGCUGUCACUCGUCACAAAAAGGCUAUACACUUCGAGAGGCAGAAGAUUUUGGCACUCACAGAAUACAUUGCGCCUAAACCAGUUUUCGAUGAAGCCUGUGUGAAACCCAAGGACCGAGCUGCUGACACAGACAAGGAAAACCUACUGGAGAGGUUCCAGUGUUCCCAGCUAGAGGCAGUUCUCCGGGAUAGUAAAAUGGUGGCUGUGUUUCAGCGCAACUCGCUUGCAGCGGAUGAUUUUCUACUUCUUAAACACAGGCUUUUUAAGCAUGAAAUCUACAUUAAGCUCUUUUCUAACCAGGUCAUAAGAAAAACUUUGGCCCAAUCCCAUCUCCAGGCCAUGCUGCCACUAUUCAUCGGACAGACCUUUUUAGUAGUGAGUCACCAGCCAAAGGCGAAGGAGAUGUUACAGACAGCGCGGAAUGUGUCACAGAUAGUGCUACUGGGAGCCUGUAUUGAGAAUCGACUGCUAAGCAGACAAGGAGUUGUGAAUUAUUCCAGACUACCCAGCAAGGACGCAUUGCAAAGCCAGCUUGUAGGAGCCUUAACAAUGAUGACCUCACAAACUUCAAAUCUAUUGACACAUCAUUCUGCACGGCUAUGUCACAUGCUCGAGCAACAUAGCAAGGAAGAAGCCAAGAGUGCUUGAAAAAAAUCUAAUUAUUGUCAAGGACAUGAUAUUAAUAUUUACAUUUAAUAAAAAUAUUGUGUAGUGAAAAA